GCGUGGAAAACUCGCCGGGAAUUUCCCAGCGCCCGAAAUAUCAAUUUGCUCUGGUGGCCCCGGGGCUGCGAAAUCGCUUCUCCCCGAGCACCCAAACCGGGCUGGGAUGGUUAUGGCACGUCCAGGGGGGAAUUCUCCUGCUGUUUUCUUGCUCCUGCUGGUCGCUGUUCCCAAUUCCCGGGGAUUGGAAUGCAGGGAACGCCAAUAUCCGUACCGGGAUAAAUGCUGCAGCGACUGUGCCCCGGGGGAGAGGAUGAGGAACCGCUGCACGGCCACGGCAGACACGGAGUGUAUCCCCUGCCAGGAUGAAUAUUUCAGCAGUGAGCACCACCACAGCUUCUGCAACAGCUGCACAGUCUGCAACACCAGGAGCGGGAGCGUGGAGGUGAAGAAGUGUGAGAAGACCUCGGACAGGGUGUGUUCACCGUGUCCUGAGGGGACUUUCUCCCCAGGAAGGAACGAGAAGUGUCAGCCUUGGACCAACUGCAGCAGCCUUGGGAAAAGCACCCUGAGAGCAGGGACAGAGGCCCAGGAUGCUGUUUGCAGCAGCCCCGUCCCCCUGCCAGAGGUCCCUGGGACUCCAAGCCCUGCCUGGAGUGUCCCGAGCCCUUCCCCCAGGGAGAACAGGGAGAACAGGAGCUCCACUGCUGGGAUCUCCUCCCCACCCAGACCUGGGGAAGGUCCCUCCAUCUGCCCGGAUCCCACCGAUCCCACCGAGACCAACUGGGGCACCUGA